AUGACCAACAGCAGCAGGGAAUGCAAUUUUACAGACAUCGACAGAUUAGCAAAGACCCUGCAGUUGGGGAUCUCUACACCCAUCUUCAUUCUUGGGGUGGUUCUCAACAGCCUGGCCCUCUCCGUGUUCUGCUGCUUUUGGAAGAAACAGACCAAAACCUCAGUUUACAUGAUCAAUCUCGCACUUGCAGAUGUCUUGCUGCUUCUCUCGCUCCCACUCAAGCUGUACUACUCUAUCAGACGAGCGCCUGGACUCCUGUGCUCGUUCAUAGAGUCUCUCUAUUUCGUCAACACAUAUGGCAGUAUCUUCAUCAUUGUCUGCAUUACUGUUGACAGAUACAUCUGCAUAAGGCACCCAUUUGAAGGUCGAGCUAACCAGUCCCCAAAAUGGGCAAUCUUGAUUUGCUGCUUCAUCUGGGCAGUAGCUUGGCUUUGCAGCAGCCCAAUGUAUGUGUUUCACAAGAAAGAUUAUUUUACAUGCUUUUACAACAUGUCAGAACAGGCUUGGAGCACCCCCCUCAUUGUUUCUGUGGAAAUCUUUGGAUUUCUGAUCCCACUCGGGGUGAUGGUUUUCUGCUCUGCCCAAAACAUCUCGAUUCUUCUGAAUCACAAAAGUCAAGCUAAAAAGAAGGUAGAAGGCAGUGGCUCUUUACGAGUCAUUAUCAUCAACCUUGUGGUGUUUUUGGUGUGCUUCACACCUGUCCACCUUGCAAUCUGCCUACAGUGCCUGGUAAGACAGCACGUGAUAGUGGACUGCAGUCUGAAACAAACCAUCAGCCUCUUCAUUCAGGUGUCAAUGAUAUUAGCCAACCUGAACUGCUGCCUGGAUGCCAUCUUCUAUUACUUUGCUGCAAAAGAAUUUCGUGAGAAAACACACCUGAAAAAGGUUAUUGAACUAUGUCCUGUCUUUAAGCCUUGUGCCACAUGA